AUGACUAUUCCUAUACGAACUCUUACCACUGUUGCAGGACUUGGCCUCACAGGCGCUGGCGGCUAUUAUCUUGCUAGCAGUAAACAAGCAGUAUCAGCAAAGGAAGCCGCUGCUGUAGUCAAUGCCAAGGAGCAACCCUACGUCCCCAGAUUUUACGACUCUCGCCCUUUCACAUUAUUAUCCAGCAGCGAUAUCGAUGAACGUCUGAGAUCCGGUCAAUUUGCUACAAAGGUCAAGACCAACCAUGUCAAAGCCAUCUAUACCAACCAGUUGCCUUCCAACAACCCUGUGGAGGACAACUACAGUAUCAACACUUUUCAGAAUGGCUUGAUUGCUGGUGUUUAUGAUGGCCAUAUUGGUCCUCACUGUUCUCGCUUGAUCAAAAAGCAACUGCCCAUCUACAUGGCUCGUGAGUUGGAGGUCAGUGUCAAUGCUGAGACCACUGAAGAAGCCAUUUCAACAGCAUUUGUGGAUCUGGAUAGCGAUAUUCAACAGCGCUUUUAUGAUUUGUUUCCUAAAAACGUCAAACGAACCACUGAAAAAGACAUCAGAGCUGCCAUUGCCCGUCAACCUGAUCAAAAGGCUACUGAAGCCAUCAUUAACGAAGCUAUCAAUGGCUCUUGUGCUUGUGCUGUUUACGUCAAAGAUGGGUAUAUUUAUUCAGCUAAUACUGGUGAUUCCAGAGUUGUCAUUGUUAGCCAGGAGGAAGACGGCACAUGGAGAGGCAGACGUUUGGUUGAAGAGCAAUCACCUGCCAGCCCUGAAUGGAAAGCACAUAUGCUCUCACAGCAUCCUGCUAGUGAAUCCGAAGUCAUUGUCAUGAGAAAACGCAUUUUUGGUUUGAUUGCUGUGGGUGGAUCAUUUGGUGAUAUCAUGUACAAGGUGCCAGUCGACUACCAAAUGAAGGUGUUGCCAUUCAUUCCCUACGACAUUUACAAGACAUUUGCACGCUAUCACCACCGCAUUGUGGUCAAUUACAAGACACCUCCUUAUCUUGAAUCGAAGCCUUUGGUCUCCAAGCACAAGUUGGACAAGGGAGAUCGCUUUGUGAUCUUGGGCACUGAUGGAUUAUGGGACGAGUUGAGCUGGGAUAAUGUUCGUAGCACCGACGGAGAUGAGCAAGCAGCCAAGAUUAUGAGUACAUGGAAAUCCAAGGGAGAGGCCAAUCCAGCUACUCACUUGGUCCGUGAAGCCUUGUUAUAUCAAGCAGUGUACAAGAAUGUUGGAAAGAAGGAGCCAGUUGAAAACGAGGCAUUUGAGCUAUCAAAGCGCCUGACAAGAAAGCCAUCCAGAAAUUACCGUGAUGAUAUUACUAUCACGGUGCUCGAGUUGGAUACGACAGAGACGAAGCCAGUGUUUGAUAAUGUAGGCCCUGUUUACGAGACUGAGGAAGUGGAUAUCAAUGUGCCCAGAUUAGCUGACCCCAACAAGCGAUCUUCGUGGCUGUCUGGAUGGAUUUGGUCUCGUUUGUAA